UUGUUGGCACAGCAACAACUGACGCCCGAGAAAGAAGUCCACCCAAUGCAAAGAAAUGGAAUACAAAGAUGACUUAUCUUUUGAACAUAUUUGGUGAAAGUGUUUCUGAAAGCUAAUAAAGAGAAGAGAGACCUGGCUUCAGGAUGGGAGAUGAAGAGGAGAGUCGAGGGGAACACCCCAUCACGGCAGAAAUGGAAAAGAAGAGCAAGAAACAUGGAAAACAGAAGAGGAAGAAGAAAGAGAAACACUCCAAGGGAAAUGUAAACUUCAUGGAGGACUGUUUAGAUUUUGGUUUGCUUCGACUUUUUAAUCCUGAUAGUACAGAGUUUCUUCCAAUGGAGGAACAACUUAAGUUGUACAAGCACAGAGACCUUAGCCUUACCAAGACGUAUAUCACAGCUGCCAGGGUCUUUGGUAAUCCAAGAGUUAGGAAACGUGUUCAUGUUGCUCCUAAGAUGGAUGGUGGUCAGGGUGGAAAGAGUGUGAACACAAGAAGAGCCAAAUCUGAGAUGGUGCAGGAUGGAAGACCAAGAUUAAAGCCUAUCAACAAGGAUGAUAUGGUCUUGACAGAGAGGGACAAACAAAUCAUUCACGAUAAUGAGGUUCAAGAAAGAAUGGCAGAGUAUAAGAGCUGGCUGCAUGAUCGAAUGGCACUGCGGGCUGGUCUAGAGUCCAUGGGUUUGAAAGAAUCCUGGCUUCGAGCUAAACCUGACCCUACACCUUUGGAGAGAAGAGUCCUUUUACAGUUGGAGGAAGCAAGGAGAGUUGCAGAAGCUCUGAAGUUGAAAGUAGAUGAUGUCAAGGAAGUGAUCAUCAAGACGGAAGACUUCUCUGAGAAGGAGCCCAAACCUCAGCCAGAAGGUAUGGGAAUCAUCGCCAGCUACCUGGCCAGCAAGAAACAACGUCUUAUAGAUCUGUUCUCCCAGGCUGAUAAGGACAAGAGUUGGGCUAUCACCAGAGAUGAGCUCAGGAACUGUAUCAAGGAGGCAAAGAUCCCAAUCUCAGAAACUCUAUUAAAUGAGGUGAUAGACAGCUUAGACUCAGACUUCAAUGCCGAGAUCGACUAUCGGGAGUUUGUGCGAGGCAUGGAAAGAUACCAAUUGGAAGAAAGGAAACGAAAAAUCAUAGCUGAAGAGGAGAGAAAAAGCCAGACCAAGAUCAAGUCAACCCCUGAAUGUCGGACAGGGAUUGUCCCGAUCAGUGAUCUAGCUCCAGUAAGGGAGUCUGUAUCGUCACCUGUAAUGCCCACUCAUAGAGAGGAAGACAAAAGGGAAGUUAAUACACCUGACUCAAUGGCAUCACUCCUGGAGAUACCCAAACGUGACAUUACUGAACGGAGAGCACUCAAUCCAGACGACAUGAUUGAGAAGAGGAAGAGAGAGAAAUUCAUGUCGGAUAAUUUGAAGAAGAAGAGGCUCCCACGUGUGAUCCAGAGUCCAUUGAAGACUGGAAACAAGGCCGUAGAUCUCCAUUCACAGGUAUCAACCUUAGGAGGGGAUCUAGGUGUAGAGAUCCAUGACUACAGAGCGGCUAGACUAGCCGAGUACCAUGCUAUUCUCAGGCUGUGUGAAGAGAGGGGGAUUCCCCUUACACCAAAACUACUUCAAAGAGCACUCUUGCAUCCAGGCGAUAAGCGUGUCAACCAGCUGAAGAAGCGUAUUCGCCAGCCUGGCACCCACACCAUGUCCAACAGAUUCGCUGAGCCGCCAAAGCCUCCAGAGUCCCCUGAUGAAUUCCACGACAUGGAGAAAGUUGUUGUCACCAAAUCAGGAGAAGUACUGGUCGACUCUAAGCACGUCUACCCAAAGAAACAAGACAUAUGGCCUAAACCAGAAAUGCAGAACCUUUCCAGUGGCAAAGCCUUCAUAUCUAGGAAGAUUGAUUGCUGGAUGUCUUUUGAAGAAUAUGAAAGACUGACCGGUCACCUGAAGCAGCGUUACGUCAGCCUUGAGAAUGCUCCAGAGCAUGAUGUCUUCUGGCCAGGCUUCCUCCUAGAUAAGAUCCAGCUCUGCAUGCCGGAGACCAGACCAAGGAACGAGAGGACAAGCCACGCCCUGUUCCAGCCCACCAGGGUCCGUACCAAACGCUCAAAUCCAGGUUAUAACAAUGACAUCUCUUACUGGGUGGUGAGCGAUGAGAACUACCUCAAAACUGGAGGGAUUGAUGAGAGGAAGGUCUAUAGCAUUGACUGGAAAUGAACAAUCUCCCAGAGACGUGGUGAAGCGACUUCAGUUGCUUGUUUGAUAUAUGAUCCAACAACUUUCAGUAACACCUUCACUGUCUGCUGAAUGGCAGUAACAAUAAUCAUAAUUCUUUAUGAAACAGGAUAGCUCCACACACACCAGCAGAACAUGGUAGACACUUGUAGACACCUUCUUAAAAUGAAGAAUCCAUAGAACCAUAACCCAAUUUUCAAUGAAAGAAAGUAAAAAAUAAUGUUCCAAUGUACAGUCGUGCUUCUGUUCUGUGGAAAGUUCCUUCUAGAGUGUUUCAUUAUGCUUGUGGAGCGAUAUGGUCCAGUGGAUUAGUCUACAUACAUUGAAACCGAGGAUUGUGUGGGUUUGAAUCCCAGCCAUGACAUAAUUUUUCAGCAAGUAACUGAUUCACAUUGUCCUGCGCUCCACCCAGGUGAGGUAAUUGGGUACCUGGUACUUGAGCGCAUAACAUCUAGCUCGGCUGAAGCUAGGGUAAUUAUGUUUAUUUAUUGUAAGCACUUUAGACUUCUGAUAAAGUAUCAGGCACUAUGUAAGAAAGGAUGUAUAAUUGAUGCCUUAUACUUUAUCUGACACAGUCUAUUUCAUCCAGCAGUUACCAUAGUAUAGUCAGGACUGCCAUGCUUCUUAGCCAAUCAAAAUCAAGGAAAUUUGUCAGAUCUGAUAAUUUGUCAGAGGACAAAGUUCGAUGAAUUACUCUCCAGAAGAUUUAUCUGUAUAUUGACUCAGAUCGAUCAUCAACAAUUUCAAACAUUUUAAAACAAGAAAGAACAUUCUUGCAUGAAAACAGAAAAUACUAGGUAAAUUUGAAUUUUGAUAAUAAAAUUAAAUAGAUUUUAAAUAAAACUUUAAUAAAUGUGCUGACCGGAGAAAGGGUCC